AUGAAGAGGACGCGUGAGGCCGAACCCUUGCAGUGGGAAGACUAUGUUGACGAGAAUGACACUCAGCAGCUUCAGAAGCUCGCGCCAGGCCCCAACCCCGCACCAGAACUGCUUCGUGAUUGGCACUAUCAGUAUGUUGUUUCGUGGCUAUACAACGUGUGCUCUUCCCCAUAUACAGAGAACGAGGGGAAGCCAAUGUUUUCGCAAAUCACAUUCGAUGAGAAGCUGCUGUGCGAAGACUUGCCCUCGAACGCCGAUGAUAGCCUUUUCUUGCAAGUUCAGCAGCAUAUUUUACAGUGUGUCACACACAACAAAAAAGCGCAGUUGAGCGAAUGGGACGUCGCGGUCAAGUACAACCUUGCCGAGCGGAACGCAGUUGCUUGGUACACAGAUGGUGCGGCGCGCUUCGCUGACCUUUCUGCGCUACAGCAAUUCGAGGUCCUACACGCGUGCAUCAAGUAUAUCGAGCGCAAGCAUGCGGGGUUCCGCAUGUACCUAGGCGCGCAUCUGGCUCUGUUCCAGUAUCCCGAAUGCGUUCUGGGUAAUCGCGUAUCUCUGGUGGUGCUACCCGGCGGCAAAAUCGUGGAGAAGACUUGGACCGCAACACCAGACGCGCAACUACGAGUGCCCAUCAAAUUCCGCAACUGCUCGGUGCGCUACGAAGACGACGGCAAGAUCGAGGUUUUCCACCUGGACUUUGCGCCCGACAUCAAUGACUACUUGUCGCGAGUCUCAGUGCAGUUUCGCGUCCUAGCCGCGUCCUGGACUGAAUACCUUGAGUACAUGCGUGAUGUGGCAAGCAGCGACAAGGGCCUGAGCGAGUUCUUAGCCGCACAGCUUGCUAUCACUGCAGCCAAUGAGGUUAAUGGGCGCCGUUUACUGCACAACCGUGAGCGCGAGAGAUCCAUGGCUGAGCUUUUGGUGCGGCGGAAGCGCUCGUCACGACUGGUAGCACGCGAAGAGGAGACCCAGAGGCGCGAUCUCGAGGCGCAAUGGCUUGAAAAACUUGACGAGCGCGACCACUUUCUCCGCGUGCGCCAACGCCAGGUGGCCAAACACACACGCGCGCUGAAAGAUCUGCUAUGGUCCGUGCUAUGGGAGCGGUUCGAACUCGAUGUCAAAGUCGAAAAGCUGCGCCGUCGGACUCUCGACGGCGGCACUGCCACACCCAUCUCCGGUACCGCGUCACCCGGGUUGGAUUCUCCAGCCCUUGACACGCCAGGCGCCGCCAGCGCCGAGGAAGACGGCGUGCUGACCGUGGUCGACCGUGCAGUGCUUGCAGACGGCGCGAAGUUCCAUGGUGCGCUUGUGGGAGUGCCGCCGGCACUUCCUGAGCCUCUAGAUGUCGGCGCGCUUGAGCUGCCGGACGAACUGCUCAUCACGCGCGAGGAUUUGUCGAACCUGGCCAACCACGGCGUACCGAUCGCGGACUUCCAGCCAGACGCCACUUCGUGGUACUUCCAGUGCCCCUGUAACGUCGAGGCGGGCGCAGACCUCGGCCAUCUGGACCUAGUACGUUCCCAGGCCCUGGUGUGCUGCGACGCGUGUCUGCGCUGGCAGCACCUGGACUGCCAGCGCCCGGAGUGGCUUGCUCUGCUUUCGCAGUCACGCCAGAAGCCCCUGCAAAACCGCGAUUUCGCGACAGCGGUACUGGGCAGCGUCGCGCCAGCACGCCAGCGCCGCAGCACGCGGCGCCAGGCCACCGACGAACCCGCAGAAAACUGCGAUGCGGACAAGGCCGCGACCGAGCGUCCUACCUCCAAGAAAACUUCCGCGACGACACAUCCCGAGUCCUUCAUCUGCGCGUGGUGCAUCCAGGCGCUGGAGCAAGAGUUGCGCACGGCAUUCCCUGCCGAACUUACCCAGGUGCGUGCCAAGCAGCGCAAGGACCAUCUAGACCGCGAGCGGCGCAAGAAGCAGAAGGAGGGUCGCGCUGCCAAGCCUUCGGCGCCAGCGCUCCUACUACAUCCUCCAACACUGCCCUCGCAGCUGUAG